AGCCAGCUAGCUUCAAACAUAUCGAAAACUGCUCACUCAUCCGGCGCUCACCUUCACCAUAUCUUUGCUCAUACAUCACUGCAAACCCUUCGUCUUCCACCUCAUCUCCAAUCAACCAUGGGCUUCCUCGGACAAAUCGCCAGCGGCGGCGUCGGCGCCCUGCACACCUACAUCCUGGUGCUCGAGAUGUUCCUCUGGACGACUCCCCGCGGCCGCAAAGCCUUCAAGCUGACGCCCGAAUUCGCCGAGAAGACCAAGACGAUGGCCGCCAACCAGGGUCUCUACAACGGCUUCCUCGCGGCCGGACUGCUCUGGGGCCUGGUCCAUCCCAAUCCCGAGUUUGCGUCGCAGAUCCAGGUCUUCUUCCUCGGCUGCGUCCAGGUUGCUGGUCUCUAUGGCGGCCUAACGGUUGGUCCUCGCAUCAUGCUCAUCCAGACUGUCCCGGCCGCCAUCGCCACUGGCCUCGUUCUCCUGGGUCUUUAAAUGUUUUGACGGGUUCUGGAGGCAGUUCAAGCUGUGGGUGCGGCUUCACGAAAUCAGAGCAAGUGAGCCUCACUGAGCAAGGAGCGGUUACGUGUAAUGUCUAC